AUGUAUAAUUUGUUGGAAAUAAAAAGCCCUUUUGUGGAAGGGAAUUUGAGGGUCAGUGACAUAGUGAAAAAUAACUGGGACAGUAGAUCGGGCAGUACAAGUCGGGUGAAGCGGCCUAUGAAUGCUUUCAUGGUGUGGUCAAGGAGUCAGCGGCGCAAAGUGGCUCUGGAGAACCCAAAAAUGCACAAUUCGGAAAUCAGUAAGCUAUUAGGAGUGUCUUGGAAACUGCUGACGGACAGCGAAAAGCAACCAUACUUUGAUGAGGCCAAGCGUUUACGCGCCAAACACAAAGAGGAGUAUCCAGAUUAUAAAUAUCAACCUCGUCGGAAGACAAAAUCCUUUCUGAAUAACAGGCAAAGGUGUUAUCCAAAGGACCGCUGUACAAAUGGGACAAGUUCGCUGACACACGAGCAAGACACACAAAAAGAUCUCUACUUCUUAACUACCCCUCAGAGUUAUGAAAGUAACGCUUUGAUCUCAGAAAUUUCCACCUUCAACUAUGCACAACAACCCUGCACCAUGUACUUGGGUAACUGGAUUAAUAUGAGAAACCUUCCACCGGAACAAGAAAAUCCAGAAAUGUGGCCCCUGCAAAAUUCCGGGACUGUGGUAAAUAAUACUGAACCUCUAAUUUACAUAUGA